CGGCCCUCUGUAAUGGCGGAGCGUGGCGGGGACGGGGGGGACGGUGAGCGAUUCAACCCGGGGGAGCUCAGGAUGGCUCAACAGCAGGCCUUGAGAUUCCGAGGCCCGGCUCCCCCACCAAAUGCAGUGAUGAGAGGCCCACCACCUCUUAUGCGGCCUCCUCCACCUUUUGGUAUGAUGCGAGGCCCUCCACCACCACCUCGGCCCCCUUUUGGACGUCCUCCUUUUGAUCCUAAUAUGCCGCCAAUGCCUCCUCCAGGAGGGAUUCCUCCACCUAUGGGCCCUCCGCACCUCCAGAGACCACCUUUUAUGCCUCCACCCAUGGGAACCAUGCCUCCUCCUCCAGGUAUGAUGUUUCCACCAGGAAUGCCUCCUGUGACUGCUCCUGGUACUCCAGCACUGCCUCCUACUGAAGAGAUAUGGGUUGAAAAUAAAACUCCAGAUGGGAAGGUUUAUUAUUAUAAUGCUCGGACACGUGAAUCUGCAUGGACCAAACCAGAUGGAGUUAAGGUUAUUCAGCAGUCAGAACUGACACCUAUGCUUGCAGCCCAGGCUCAGGUUCAGGCCCAAGCCCAGGCCCAGGCCCAGGCCCAGGCGCAGGCUCAGGCGCAGGCACAAGCACAAGCUCAAGCGCAGGCCCAGGCCCAGGCCCAGGCCCAGGCCCAGGCGCAGGCCCAGGCUCAGGCACAAGCACAGGCUCAGGCGCAGGCCCAGGCGCAGGCCCAGGUGCAGGCGCAAGUACAAGCACAAGCAGUAGGAGCUUCCACCCCUACAACCAGUAGCCCAGCACCUGCAGUGUCCACUUCAACAUCAUCAUCCACCCCAUCCUCUACCACUUCUACCACAACAACUGCCUCUUCGGUUUCGCAGACAGUAUCAACACCCACAACACAAGAUCAGACCCCAAGUUCUGCUGUUUCAGUUGCCACGCCUACAGUUAGUGUUUCAACUCCUGCUCCUACAGCCACACCUGUGCAAACUGUUCCCCAGCCGCAUCCCCAGACGUUACCUCCUGCUGUUCCUCAUUCAGUACCUCAGCCAGCAGCAGCAAUACCUGCCUUUCCACCAGUAAUGGUACCUCCGUUUCGUGUUCCCCUUCCUGGCAUGCCAAUUCCACUUCCAGGUGUAGCAAUGAUGCAAAUAGUCAGCUGCCCGUAUGUAAAGACAGUCGCUACCACCAAGACCGGUGUGUUGCCAGGCAUGGCCCCUCCUAUCGUACCUAUGAUACAUCCCCAGGUUGCUAUUGCAGCUUCCCCUGCUACCUUAGCUGGAGCGACGGCAGUUUCUGAGUGGACUGAAUAUAAAACAGCGGAUGGAAAGACCUAUUACUAUAAUAAUAGAACUUUAGAAUCAACCUGGGAAAAACCCCAAGAGCUAAAGGAAAAAGAAAAAUUAGAGGAGAAGAUUAAAGAGCCAAUUAAAGAACCUUCUGAAGAACCUCUGCCAAUGGAGACGGAGGAGGAGGACCCUAAAGAAGAGCCAAUAAAGGAGAUAAAGGAGGAGCCCAAAGAGGAGGAGAUGACUGAAGAAGAAAAGGCUGCCCAGAAGGCAAAGCCAGUAGCUACUACCCCUAUUCCUGGUACUCCGUGGUGUGUCGUUUGGACUGGUGAUGAGCGGGUCUUCUUUUAUAAUCCUACCACCCGUCUUUCUAUGUGGGACCGACCUGAUGAUCUGAUUGGAAGGGCAGAUGUUGACAAAAUUAUUCAGGAGCCUCCUCAUAAAAAAGGAAUGGAAGAAGUGAAGAAACUAAGACAUCCAACCCCCACAAUGCUGUCCAUCCAAAAAUGGCAGUUUUCUAUGAGUGCAAUUAAAGAAGAACAAGAAUUAAUGGAAGAACUUAAUGAAGAUGAACCUAUUAAAGCCAAAAAACGGAAGAGAAUGUCAAAGAAGUCCUUUAUGUGGAUUGCCCGAGCUUCUCUAUUUAGGAGAGACGAUAAUAAAGACAUUGAUUCAGAGAAAGAAGCUGCGAUGGAAGCUGAAAUUAAAGCUGCCCGAGAAAGGGCCAUUGUCCCUCUGGAGGCCCGAAUGAAGCAGUUCAAGGACAUGCUGCUAGAGAGAGGGGUGUCUGCUUUUUCAACAUGGGAGAAGGAGUUGCACAAGAUAGUUUUUGAUCCUCGGUACUUACUUCUCAAUCCUAAAGAGAGAAAACAGGUAUUUGAUCAGUAUGUAAAGACGAGGGCAGAAGAAGAACGCAGGGAAAAGAAAAACAAAAUAAUGCAAGCCAAGGAAGAUUUCAAAAAAAUGAUGGAAGAAGCAAAAUUUAAUCCCAGAGCUACUUUUAGUGAAUUUGCAGCCAAGCACGCUAAAGAUUCAAGAUUCAAAGCGAUUGAAAAGAUGAAAGAUCGAGAAGCCUUGUUUAAUGAAUUUGUGGCAGCUGCAAGAAAGAAAGAGAAAGAAGAUUCGAAGACCAGAGGUGAGAAGAUUAAAUCGGAUUUCUUUGAACUGUUAUCUAAUCAUCACCUGGACAGUCAAUCUCGAUGGAGCAAAGUGAAAGACAAAGUAGAAAGUGACCCACGUUACAAAGCAGUGGACAGUUCAUCAAUGAGAGAAGACCUUUUCAAACAGUAUAUUGAAAAAAUAGCCAAGAAUUUAGACUCAGAAAAAGAAAAGGAGCUUGAAAGGCAAGCCCGCAUUGAGGCAAGCCUUCGAGAAAGAGAAAGAGAGGUCCAAAAGGCUCGUUCAGAGCAAACAAAAGAAAUAGACCGAGAGAGAGAGCAACACAAACGAGAAGAAGCUAUCCAGAAUUUCAAGGCUCUAUUGUCUGACAUGGUACGGUCUUCAGAUGUGUCAUGGUCUGAUACUCGGAGGACUCUGCGGAAAGAUCACCGUUGGGAAUCUGGAUCCUUGUUGGAAAGAGAGGAGAAAGAGAAGCUUUUUAAUGAACACAUUGAAGCACUUACCAAAAAGAAGAGGGAGCACUUUAGGCAACUUCUGGAUGAAACUUCUGCAAUUACCUUAACAUCCACAUGGAAAGAAGUAAAAAAAAUCAUUAAAGAAGAUCCUCGGUGCAUUAAAUUCUCCUCCAGUGACAGGAAAAAACAAAGAGAAUUUGAAGAGUACAUCAGAGACAAAUACAUCACAGCCAAAGCUGACUUCAGGACGCUUUUGAAAGAGACCAAAUUUAUAACCUAUAGAUCCAAAAAGCUAAUCCAGGAAUCUGAUCAGCACCUGAAAGAUGUAGAAAAAAUCUUGCAGAACGACAAACGGUAUCUAGUACUAGACUGUGUGCCCGAGGAGAGGCGUAAACUGAUUGUGGCUUAUGUGGACGACCUGGACCGCCGGGGUCCACCCCCGCCUCCCACAGCGUCAGAGCCCACAAGACGAUCAACAAAAUAAUUCUCAGUACUCUUCCACAGGGGGAUCUUCAUUCAGAACGCUUGCAUGAGCCAAUUUUCAGGUUUUUACAUGUAUGUGCAUUAGUCAAACUAUUGCAGAACCAUCUGACGAACAGAAGGAGAAGCAUUCGUGAACCGUUUCUGAACAGAGAACACUUUGGAAAUAAUUUAUGCUUUUCUUUGUGUGGCAUGACUGACAUACAUACUCAAAUAUAGGCUGUCUCUAGUAAAUCUAAAAUCUCGAAGCUAAAAAUCAUCCUUUUAUGAGGUGUGGAAGUCAGUGACUUUGGUGACGUUCUUUCUAGCAGUGUUAAACAUGCAAGACGUAAGAGCAUUUGUGGUUUGAACUCACAAAAUGCAAAUACCACAGACUCCAAGAAAACCUGAGUUGGGGGUUGUUUUGUUUUGAUUUUGUUUUUUAAAGCGGGUAAAAGAGAAAACACUGAAAAUUGAAUUCUUAUCUUCCAGAGGCUAAGAUUAUUAUAAUGGACAUACUUUUACCUUUGUCUCUAAAGAACACUUUAGUUUUGUUUGUUCACUUAUGUGCUUUGAUUAUCCCCUCAGAAUUAGAGGCCAAGUCUUGUUGUUUAGCCUAAGAGAAGAUUUAUUUAGUAAUUUCUUCUCAGGUAUGGAACCAUGGUCAUAACUAACAUGUUGGCCAGAAUAGGACUGCUGGUUAAACACAUUUUAUUUACCAUUAAGUGAUCUUUAUCAAUAUUCUGGAUUAGACAACAAAUUAUCUUUCUUGGGUGUUCCCUGUAAACUAUACUCCUGUUUGAAUGUUAAACUUUUGUUUCUAAAGUUAAUUUUAAGAUGUUUGAAUGUUCAGUUUAUGUAUUUGAACUACAAUAAACCAACCCUUUUUAUAUA